CCUCCAUCAGCCUUUUUUCACGCAGCCAUACAUUUUUUCCUCAAUGCGACCGGUAAAUCAAAUCAUUCGUAGAACCCAGAAAAAAAAAGAAAGAAAGCAAUGAUAGGGACGGCUGCUGUAGUGGUACAAGUAAUAUAGUAUAGCUGUAGAGUAAGCGUAAGUAGAAGAAAACACUCCCAGUAUAUAAAAGCACGAGUCUCUUAUGGUUUAUGGUUUUUUUGGGUAGGAGAUUUUGACAAGUAUUUUUUUCUUUGUUCAUAAAAAUGUUCAUGCAUGUUUGAGGGGUUCUCGGAGCUGGGAUUUCUGGGUUUUGCUUCUGAUUCAGCUUCAGCUAUGGUGGACUUCAUGGAUUUUCCAAAUGCUGAUCUGGGUUUGAAAAUUUCUCAGGAUCACCUAGUGUGUUUCUACAUUUCCGUUCAUGGUGUAAGUUCCAGUGAUCAGAAAAACCACAGCUUUUUCCAAUGAGUUCUCUCUGAACAUUACGGAAUCCGAUGAUCGUUUUCUGGUAGGUCUUUAAAUUAGUUUUCGAUUCUUUCAUUCUUUUGGGGUGGGCUUGGUAUAUUCUGUUAUUUAUUUCAUACCAAAUACAUCAUAUAGGAACACUCAAAAUUUGUGAAAGCUUUUGUUUGUUUUUCAUCGGAUUCCUAUAUUUUGUUUUUAUUCUUGUGGUUUCUGAAAAACUCACACACUCACAUAUAGUCUGUCCUCUCCGGAUUUCUCAGUUCAAAUAUUACAUUCAGUGUUUCAUAUAGAUCCAUAUAAUUCAUACGGGAAAAAAAAAACCAUACAUUUCAUACUUCAAAAACAUUUAUAAAAACAAAGAGAGAUUAGGGGGAGAGAGAACAAACAUAGGGUGAGUGAAUUGAUAGUUAAUCAAACCAAGAAAGAAAAUCGGAAGGUCAUAGAGGAUGUUGGCUGGGUGUUCUAGUUCUACAUUGCUGUCACCGAGACAUAGAUUGAGGAGUGAAGCACCUGCACAGUUGCAAGCCUGCCAUUUCCAGCUGCCUCCAAUGAGCACACAGAGAUUGGACAUGCCAUGUAGCUUCUCACGCAAAGACACCUCGCGCUCGCAGCCCAUUAGGCCGGUGGGCCUUUCGGUGGAGAAGGCGAUUGAAUCGAAGACCAACAGUUGUUCUCUCAAGCAGAACAUCCGGCUUCCGCCUUUGGCGACAACCGCUCAAACGACGAGUGCUCAGACUGCAUUUAUCGAAGCGAAGAGAGAGAUCAAAGGUGAAUUUUGGGAGAAAGGAAAGAGCUUGAAGAGGUUAGCGGAACAGGGCUCGGUCGAUGAGUCAUGCUUUAGAAGAGCCAAGAGGAAAAAGGGCGGCAGUGACAAUGGGAAUUCCGAUGACAUUCUCCUACGCGGUGGCGGUGAUGGUUUGAGUUUAGGCCAGUUGGGUACUGGGAACUUUUGGUUUCAGCCAAGUUUCACAGGCCUUAACCCUCCUCAAGUUCCAUUCUCUCUGACAUGUUCAGGGGAUGAAGAGAGGAUUUGUUAUGUGCCUGGUGAAGUGAUUUCUCCGCCUUUGCCUUUGUCAAACAAUCCGUGGUUGGAUUCCGUUGUGACUGAGAUCACAGACCUUGGCGAGAAGGACGGUGAGACAAGCCACAAGCUGGUGAAGGAAGCCUCAGGGUCGAGUGCUUCAUCAGAGAGCCAAAGCUUGGAACUUGGGCUAACUGAGAAUGUCUCUGAGCAAGAAGUUGGAAAUGGUUCUGGGAAUCCUUAUUCACAUGAAGGUACUGAAGAGGAGGCUGGGGAGGAAGACAACAACCAAGGGGAGAAUCAGGGGUUUGAGCUUGUCAGCUUACUUUCAGCCUGUGUUGAAGCAGUUGGAUUGAGGAAUAUCGCAGCAAUCAACCAUUUUAUAGCUAAGUUGGGUGAGCUUGCUUCGCCAAAAGGAAGCCCUAUUAGCCGUUUAUCAGCUUAUUAUGCAGAAGCUUUGGCUAUACGAGUCACAAGGCUUUGGCCUCAUAUUUUUCAUAUUAACACCCCGCGGGAGCUUGAUCGGGUAGAUGAUGACUCUGGCACUGCAUUGAGGCUUUUGAACCAGGUGAGCCCAAUUCCAAAGUUUCUUCAUUUUACAUCAAAUGAGAUAUUGCUGAGAGCUUUUGAAGGGAAGGACAGGGUUCACAUUAUAGAUUUUGACAUUAAGCAAGGGCUUCAAUGGCCUAGCUUUUUCCAGAGUCUAGCUUCUAGGAUUAAUCCUCCAAGCCAUGUUAGAAUCACAGGCAUUGGUGAAUCUAAGCAAGAACUCAAUGAAACUGGAGAUAGGCUUGCUGGAUUUGCUGACGCAUUGAACCUUCCUUUCGAGUUUCAUCCUGUUGUGGACAGGUUGGAAGAUGUGAGGCUGUGGAUGCUUCAUGUGAAGGACCAAGAGAGUGUGGCUGUGAAUUGUAUUUUCCAAAUGCACAAGACUCUUUAUGAUGGGAGUGGAGGAGCUUUAAGGGACUUUCUGGGACUCAUCCGAAGCACAAACCCGACAAUUGUUCUUAUGGCAGAGCAGGAGGCUGAACACAAUGACCCCAGAUUGGAAACAAGAGUUUCCAAUUCACUGAAACACUACUCUGCCAUAUUUGACUCCAUUGAUUCUUCCCUUCCCUUGGACAGCUCGGUGAGGCUAACGGUGGAGGAGAUGUUUGCACGCGAAAUUAGGAACAUUGUUGCUUGUGAAGGAAGGGACAGGUUGGAGAGGCAUGAGAGUUUUGAGAAGUGGAGGAAGUUGAUAGAGCAAGGCGGGUUCCGAUGCAUAGGAAUUGAGGAGAGGGAAAUGGUUCAGAGCCAAUUACUGUUGAAGAUGUACUCUUGUGAGAACUUUAGUGUUAAGAAGCAAGGGCAAGAUGGAGCUGCUCUUUCUUUAAGUUGGCUAGAUCAGCCUCUUUACACAGUCUCAGCAUGGGCGCCGGUUGAUGUUGCAGGCAGUUCAUCCUCUUAUUCUCACCCAAGUUGAAGUCUUCGGGUUUUGUUUUCUUCAUGCAUUUUCUAUUCUCGCAUACAGAAACUCAGAAAGGGAUACACAAUUCUUUGUAGGUAGGAAAGCUAUGGUCAUUCUUUCAUUCUUUUAUUGCAGAUAAGAUUGUCAGUCAAAUAGUGUCAGAAUUAUUUGUAUGGAUACAGCAGUAGGGUCGAUACUGGUUUCAGCGGUUACAGGCCAGAUUUCCUAGAUUUCAGACACUAGUAUUUGGAGUCAUUUUGUGUUUAUUCUUUAAUUCUUUAUAUGUAUGCUGAAAUUCUUUGUUAGUCAGUUUUCAUCCUAUAUUGUCUUUGUUGGGGAGGGUUCCUCGUUAAACCAUGUAGUUGGAAACUCGAUUGUUAUAUAUGAAAUGAUUUCAUUGAUUUGUGAUCGAGUCA